AUGUACGAGCUGCGAUACAAAUGGGGUGCUGCGUACACAAAGGGUAGAUAUUUCCUAGGCAUGAUGAGUAAUCAGAGGAGUGAGUCUCUCAACUCAAGGCUUCAUGUGCACCUGAACAGGAAGAUGCAGCUUGUUGAUUUGUUGCAGCAUGUUGAGCACUGUGUAUCCAUAAUGCGUAAGAAUGAAGCAGCAUUAGACGCAGUAGCGACACAUACGAUACCCUUCACUAAGAUGAAUGCACACCCUCUGGAGAUUGCUGCCUCUUAUAUUUAUACAACUGUGAUGUUUCCACGGGUAAAGCGUCAGAUUGUCGAAGGAACAAAUUGGCAGGUCACAGACCGGGUAGCGUGUGAUGGUUUGGUCGUGUUUGGAGUAUUGCGCAAAGUCCCAUAUGAUAAAGUUCCAUAUGGCAAGGAUACUAGAGAAUUGCAAGGUAAGGAUGGUAACGACUCAGAUGCUAAGGUUCCUACAGACUUGGAAGGUAAGGAUGCUGAGGACUUGCAUGCAGAAAACUUGGGUGCUGAGGAUCCCAAUGACUUGGAAUGCAAGGAUGGUGUGGACUUGCAUGCAGAAAACCUGGAUGCUAAGGAUCCCAAUGACUUGGAAGGAGCAAGACUGGACGCUACAGCUUGUAAAUGUAAAAAGAAAAAAUCAGGGAAAUCAAAGGUCACGAAGAAGCGAAAAGAGAAAGACUCAGAGACAGAAGAAGACACGGAGUCAGAUACAGAAGAAGAGGAAGCUUCUAAAAAAGCAACAAAGAAAAAGGCAGGGAAAUCAAAGGUCACAAGGAGGAAGAAGCAAAAAGAAGAGACAGAGUUAGAUACAGAAGAAGAGACAGACGCAGAUACAGAAGAAGAGACAGACGCAGAUACAGAAGAAGAGGAAGAUUCAGAUUCAUCUAUUUCAUUUUUUGUAGGAAACGCAAGGGCGCUCCAAAUGUCAAAGCUAGGAAGAAAAAUAACGAUGGCAAGGGUGCACGAGGAAAACCAGAAAGACUCUAGGAAGGGCGGUAAGGAACAGGCCAAAGGGGUGAUGAAGACAAAGAGGCCUGCUAUGAAGCGAAAAUCAGUGAAGAAAGCUAAAGUGAAGUCGAGACAGGAUGUUUAG